AUGUAAUUAAUAAAAAUAGUAAGUAGAGGGGGCGGAUCAUAUGAUGACAUAAAUUCGAUUAAAAUUGGAAAAUGGAUAGAAUUGAAAUAUGGAUUGAGAGAUUUAGGCAGAGUAGUUUGUAUUGGUAAUUAUAAAAAUGGCAGCAAAACAGGAGAAUGGCAUUUUUAAUUUAAUAAAUAAAAGAUUGAUGGUGGAUGCUAUGACGAAGAAGGUAAAGGAAUUAAGAUCGGAAAAUGGACUGAGUUGAGCGAUAUUUUUGAUGAUAACAGUUAAAAUAUUUACUAAGGAGAAUACAAAAAUGGAAAAAAAAUUGGAAUAUGGGAGUUGUUUAAUAUUUUCAAGAAUAAACAAUUGUAAUGGAUUGAUUAUAAUUGA